AUGAUUGCUGGAGGCAGUGACACUAGCACAAUUACUCUAACUUGGACAAUAGCGUUAUUGCUAAACAACCAUGUGUUGAAGAAGGCCCGAGAUGAGCUUGAUGUCCAAGUGGGCAGGGUAAGAAUUGUAAACGAAUCAGACAUCGAUAAGCUAGUCUAUCUCCAAGCCAUAGUUAAAGAGACAUUACGUUUGUAUCCCGCAACUCGACUAGCAGCACCACGUGAAUUCACUGAGAAUUGCAUUAUAGGUGGUUACCAUGUUCCAAAAGGCACUCGAUUAAUCAUAAACAUAUGGAAAAUUCAAACAGAUCCACGCAUAUGGUCAGACCCAUUAGAGUUCAAGCCCGAAAGAUUUCUCACCACCCAUAAGAAUGUUGAUGUUAGGGGUCAAAAUUUCGAAUUGCUCCCAUUUGGAAGUGGUAGAAGAGAAUGUCCUGGAAUAUCUUUUGGCCUUCACAUGUUUUGA